AAACAGCUUUUUUUCCUUCUUUGGGGCAAGAAACUGCAGCUACUCCUGCUGUGAGCUGGAAGUCCAAAUUGCCUUCCCUCUUCAUUCUCCAUUUGUGAACUAGAAAAUUUGAACCUGUUGCAAGGUCCUGGAAAAUAUUAACAGCACCAAUGAAUGGGUUGACCCUAGCUCUSAGCUCCAGAUGACUUGCCCUGUAGUUCAGAAGGAUGUCGUCUGUUACUGAAAAUGGAGAUGCUUCUGCCCGAAAGACAAAUGAAGAGAAAACAUAUAAAAAGACUGCAUCCUCAGCUAUUAAAGGUGCUAUCCAGCUGGGAAUUGGAUAUACUGUAGGAAACCUUACAUCAAAACCAGACAGAGAUGUCCUUAUGCAAGACUUCUAUGUAGUGGAAAGUGUCUUUCUACCAAGUGAAGGAAGCAAUCUUACCCCUGCUCAUCAUUACCCUGACUUCAGAUUUAAGACGUAUGCACCUCUUGCCUUCCGCUAUUUCAGAGAACUUUUUGGUAUCAAGCCUGAUGAUUACUUGUAUUCAAUCUGCAGUGAACCUUUAAUUGAGUUGUCCAAUCCAGGCGCCAGUGGGUCCCUCUUUUUUGUGACUAGUGAUGACGAGUUCAUCAUCAAAACAGUUCAGCACAAAGAGGCUGAGUUUCUUCAGAAGCUCCUACCGGGGUAUUAUAUGAAUCUGAACCAGAAUCCAAGGACUCUCCUACCCAAAUUUUAUGGGCUGUACUGCGUUCAAUCAGGAGGCAUUAAUAUCAGAAUUGUUGUAAUGAACAAUGUUCUGCCACGAGCCUUGAGAAUGCAUUUCACCUAUGACUUGAAAGGCUCCACGUACAAACGGAGGGCAUCAAGAAAAGAGAGGGAGAAGUCCAACCCUACGUUCAAAGACUUGGAUUUCUUGCAGGACAUGCAUGAAGCAUUGUAUUUUGACUCUGAAACUCACAGUGCACUAAUGAAAACACUGCAGCGGGACUGUCGAGUAUUAGAAAGUUUUAAGAUUAUGGACUAUAGUCUGCUGCUGGGAAUCCACAUCCUGGACAGUAACAUGAAGGAGAAGGAGGGAGAGUGUUCGCAGAGCACGUCUGAUGCCAAGCGCCCCGGCGGGCAGAAGGUUCUCUACUCCACGGCCAUGGAGUCUAUACAGGGUCCCGGCAAGGCGGGCGACACUGUCAUCACAGAGGCAACAAAUACAAUGGGAGGUAUUCCAGCUAAAAGCCAUAAAGGGGAAAAGUUGCUUCUAUUUAUGGGCAUUAUUGAUAUUCUGCAGUCUUAUAGGUUAAUGAAGAAGUUGGAGCAUUCCUGGAAAGCUCUUGUUUAUGAUGGGGAUUCUGUUUCAGUUCACAGACCAAGUUUUUAUGCUGACAGAUUUUUGAAGUUUAUGAGUACAAGAGUUUUCAAAAAAGUUCAAGCUUUAAGGACUUCUCCUUCCAAGAAACGGUGCAAUUCCAUUGCAGCUCUUAAGGCAGCGUCCCAAGAGAUAGUAUCUGCAGCCAGCCAAGAGUGGAAGGAUGAAAAGCAUGGCAUCCUGACAGAAGGGCAGAGCUAUUCCAGCCUCGACGAGGAAGUACUCAGUUCACGACACCGGCCAGAUCUAGUGCCCAGUACACCAUCGCUGUUUGAAGCAGCUUCCUUGGCAACUACAAUUUCUUCUUCUUCGUUGAAUGUAGAUCAGCMCUGUCAACGUGAUGAAAGUGUGCCCUUCUCUAGCAGUAAAGGGCUGCCUUCAAGUUCUACGUUCACUCUAGAGGACAGUGCCAUCUACUUGACCUCAGAGCAGAGCACACUGGAAAUGGAGAAUGAUAAUGCUUCAGUUUUGGAUGUCUAUUUAUAAUAAAGGAUAUAUGAAGAAUAAAGCUACAAUGGACAAGAAGUGACCACAGUUGACAACCAGCACUCUCUGCCCCGCUGGUUUAAAAAGGCUGAAUUUUCUGAGCCUGCUAGACAAAGAAAUAAUCAGCUGAACUUAUCUCUAAGAAAGUCAGGAUACUGGAGGUGUGGAAAAGACUGAUGGACUUGGCCAACGUGACGUGACCCAUUCCGCACUGCGCUGCCUGUGCUGCCGCUUGCUGAACUGUGAAGAACUGUCUGUCAGAGCUGUUUCCCAGCGUCCUGCCAACCACCGUUCUUGGACUCCAAAGUGGCAUUUUCUUAUCGACCCUGUGGUGGCUUCAACCGCAUGCGUUCUGUAACUAUGCACAAGCAAAGGGUAGUGCCUGCUUUACCUGUUUAAAAAUCAGCACAGUGGUGAGUAAAAGUAACUUCACUCGUUUUCACCCUUCAGUUCUAAUCAUUUAAGUCCUUGUGGGUGGAAAUUGGAAUCRAUUACACGCAAGGGUUGAGGUGAGUCUCUGCACAUACUAUAUGAAAAUGAGCCUCUGAAGCUGUUUUCACUGUUGGUGAAAAGAAGAGAAAGUUGUUA